UCGUGGUCUGUGGCUAAGUUUUUUGGGGUUCAUUUGGCCUUUGGGUAUUUUAGAUCUUGUUAUUAUUUAUUAUUUAAUAAUUUGAAUACCUACAUUGUUUUUAAACAUGAUUGAUAUUUUUAUGUAAUUACGUGGCUUAUUAAGCUUCAUUUCAUUUCAAACUAAACUCACUGUUACUCUUAAUUGAUUGGUGUUGCAAUGGAGCCCAAUAUGUCUUUUUUUAGUUUGCCUUUCGUUGAUUCUGAAACGUCGGAUCUGGUGUUCAAUAGAAAGGUGCUAGAGUGUGAUUAUGAAUUCCAAAAUGAGUUGCCCUCCCACAGUGGAUUAUUGGGCUCGGACGAUGUCCUUGCGCAGUUCUUGACUGCCGAUGGCCCUUUGGAGGAGCCUGACUUAAACGGACCAACAACAUUGCACUGUGAGAUAUGCCAAAAGCGUUUUGAUAAUGCCAAGAAGUAUUAUGGACAUCUACGAGUACAUUCUAAAGAUAAUCUUUGGAUAUGUGAUAAAUGUCCUGAUCAAAAGUUUUCCAACAAGCAGCAGCUGAUGAAGCACUGCCUCACGCACAAGCCACUGGCGCGCAUGUGGAAGUGUCUGCAAUGCUCCAUGGCCUUUGAAGCUCUGUGGAGACUGCAGCAACAUGUGUUUGCUAAACACUUGGAUUAUAGGCCGAACAAGUGUGACCAGUGUGAUAAAUCUUUUCAUAAACUAUCAGAUUUGAAAAAGCAUAAAGAUUUUCAUAAUGAUAUAAGAAGGCACAAGUGCACGUCAUGUGAACGAGAGUUCACGGACAAGUCCAACCUCAAACGGCACAUGCUGCUGCAUUCCAAUAUAAAACCCUUUGCCUGCAUCGGCUGUCAAAGCAGAUUCACUCAGAUAGCCUCUCUCAAACGCCACCAACUGAAAUGUAAUUCUUAUAUAAGUCAAAACAAUAAUAAAGAUACUACCAGAAAAAACUAUUGCAGAGUUUGUGGCAUGUCAUUUCAAUACAAGAGUGCUUUGCUUGAGCACUAUGUAAGACAACAUACCAAUACUGAGGGAAGCAAAGAGGAUAAAGCAAGCGAAAGUAAUACUGAUAUAAACAGGACUGAAGACAACAUCGUAGAUGACAUUCUAUCAGCAGAAGAUGAUUACAUGACCAUGUCUACACAACAAGACAUGCUGCAUACAUACAACCAAACAAACACACACACGAACAUGCCCGACACUAACAACUAUGAUAGUCUCAUGCAAAUAGAAUUCCUUAAAGAAAUGAAUCAAUUACACAUACUGGACGAUGAACUACUUUAUAAUGAUUUAGACUUCGACAGUUUGCAAAACAGUCAUAUAUUUAACAACCCAAGUGAAACGGAUUAUGGCAAUGAAAGAAAUAAUGAAAUAAUGUUCGACUUUCACGACGUUGGUAGAAGUGUGGAUCAAGACAUCAUGCAUGCGCUGUAUAAUGAUAAGGCGGAACAUUUGCCAGACGAACUGUUGAAUGUUAAUGAGCAACAAAUGAAUACACCUGAACCAAAUGAUGAAAGACUCCAAACUCCCACAGUAUCUGUCAAUGAAUGCGCAACUAUAUUCGAAAGCGAUGUUGAUUUAGAAGAAAGCACAAACUUAGCUGCCAAUUUAAACCAAUUAAUAGGAGAAAAUAGCGUUCAGUAUAUCUCAACAGAAGAUGAUGAUAUGUUUAUAAUUAGCUUAAAGAGUGAAAUAGAUGCAGAAAAGUUGACAGAUAUGCUGAACAUCAAUGUAGAACCCGCAAAUAAUAAUGCAGACAUACCAGAUUCUGAAGAUAAAAUUGAACUUAAUGAUAGAAGUAAGAAAAUUCUGGAUAAUAUCCAACCUUUUAUAUUGAGAAUACAACCUCAAACAUAUUAUAUGAAACAUGUGCCAUCUGAAACAGAGAAGAAUUCCUGUGACACUAUUAAAAGCGAUUUCAAACUUGCAGAAGUUGAGGAUGGAAAGGAUAAGAUAAACAAUAUAAUAAUUGAAAAAGUUGAAAUUAUUAAAGACAAUAACAAAAUUGAAAUUAAAAAAGACAAGUCAAAAGUAGGAAAACAAAAGAAUGUCACAUUUCUUUGCAAUGUUUGUAAUAAAGUAUUUCGUAGAAAAGAUAACUACAAAUCACAUAUAGCGACCCACUCCACGUCGCUGCGGCGCCACAGCUGCGGCGUGUGCGGCGCGCGCUUCAGCUACCGCUCCACGCUCAACAAGCACCGCGCCGCGCGCCACGAGCCGCGCGUGAGGCGCGCCCACGCCUGCGACCUCUGCCCGCGCACCUUCCCCGCCAACUGGAUGCUGAAAAACCACAAGGAGCGUGAUCACGAUCGGUUGAAGCCCUACGCCUGCGACGAGAAGGAUUGCAGUAGAAGGUACUACAAGCGUUGUGAUCUAGUCAUACAUAAAAGGACGCACACGGGCGAGAAGCCGUACACGUGCGACAUCUGCAGCAAGUCGUUCCCGCACGUGUCGCACCUCAAGCGCCACGAGCGCUCCGUCGACUGCACCACCCGACGCAAAAAAAAUCCGGUCAAGUGUGAGUCGGACUGGAAUACCAAGGGUUCCUUACCGUCGUACAAGAUAUACCUAACUCUUUAGUAGAAGUUAAAGUUAAUGACAGACUGCACCAUCUAUAUGUGAUUAAGUAAAUUUUUUUGUGAACACAUUUUAAUUUUUUUUUUUUUUGUGUAAAUGGGACGUACCCUAUAGGUUUUCUUGACAGACACGUCGGACAAAUAGACAACAAAGUGAUCCCUGAGUUCAUUUUUUCCUUUUGAAGUGCGGAACCCUACAAAUGAAUGUAAAGUCGAAAAGUGAUGUAGCCAGACUAUUGUUUAAGUUAUUUAUUGUAAAUUAGGUGCUAAGGUUAUAAAUAAAAGAGUUAUAGAAAAA